CAAACUGGCGUUCGCCUGAGCUCACAUGACCCGGAAACCGGAAGCUAAACAUGGCCGCUUGAUGAGAGACGCCAAAUAAUAACAAUGUUGUCAUCUUGUAAUAUACCUUAACCUUAACCUUAUCUGAAAGUGCUCGAUAUCCUUCGUCAAUCCGUACGAUAAUGAAUCUGCGUGUCCAACUUAAGUGUAAGAAUUUGCAUGAGUACUUGAGAGAGCUGAGUCCGGACAUCUUGGACAGACUGUACAACCAUCCUUCAACUUGUCUGGCGGUCUACAGGGAACUCCCCUCUAUGGCCAAGAAUUAUGUGAUACGUAUGUUGUUCCUGGAUCAGCCACUUCCACAGGCAGCAGUGGCAUUGUGGGUGAAUAAAGACAAUCAGAAGGAUCAUGAUGAAUGUGUCUCAGUGUUGGUGGGACUGUGCCUUUGGCACAGUCAGCAGCUCCAGGGUGGUCUGCAGGGAUACAUUUUAAAUCCAGUAUUCAAAGACAACCUGACAAUUGCGCUGCUUGGCGGGGGCAGAGCGUGGGCGGAUGAGGGCAGCACUUUGGGUCCUGACCGCCAUGCACGGGACAUUGAGAGUCUUGACCGUUAUGCUAUGGAGCGUUGGGAGGUCAUUCUGCAUUUCAUGGUGGGCUCUCCCAGUGCUGCCGUCAGUCAGGACUUGGCACAGCUGCUAGUUCAAGCAGGUCUCAUGAAAAGUGAGUCAGGAGAGGCGCCCUAUAUUACCUCAGCUGGUUUCCAGUUCCUCCUCCUGGACACUGCCUCUCAGCUGUGGUACUUCACCCUGCAGUACCUCAAAACUGCUCAGUCUAGAGGGAUGGUCCUGGUGGAGAUCUUGUCAUUCUUAUUCCAGCUCAGUUUCUCUACUCUGGGCAGAGAUUACUCAGUGGAGGGCAUGAGUGAGUCAUUACUCACUUUCCUGCAGCACCUGCGGGAGUUUGGACUGGUCUUCCAGAGGAAGAGAAAGUCAAGGCGGUAUUACCCCACCAGACUGGCCAUCACUCUGGCUGCAGGGGUCACUACUAGCGCCUCCUCCUGCUCCAACUUCACUUCCACUCCUGGUACUGGAGAUGAAGGCUUCAUUGUGGUGGAAACAAAUUAUCGUAUCUAUGCUUACACAAACUCCGAACUUCAGAUCGCUCUGGUGGCUCUCUUUAGUGAAAUGCUUUAUCACUUCCCUAAUGUAGUGGUGGCUCAAGUUACAAGGGAGUCAGUACAACAGGCUAUCGCCAAUGGUAUCACUGCACAGCAGAUUAUCCACUUUCUAAGGACCAGAGCUCACCCUGUCAUGCUUAAACAGACUCCAGUGUUGCCUCCAACCAUAACAGAUCAAAUCCGACUGUGGGAGCUGGAGAGAGAUCGACUACAGUUCACAGAGGGAGUUCUGUAUAACCAGUUCCUCUCCCAGGCUGACUUUGAGGUGCUGCGAGACAGAGCUCAGGGUCUGGGCUGUCUGGUGUGGCAGGACGUGGCUCACAGGGUGAUGGUGGUGACACCGCAAGGACACAGUGAGGUCAAGAGGUUCUGGAAACGACAGAAGUCCCACUCAUAAUUGGUGACAAGAUGCACACAUAGACCUCAUUUUUCUUUCCCUUUUUGAUACUACACUUGAUCUUAGCCAAAAGGCCGAGAAGCGAUGUUUCCCUUUUUGAGUAGAUGAUUUGUGUAAUUUGUAGAUAUGCUGAUGGACUACUUUCUUAUACAAUGCAGGAUAAGAAGCUUGUAAACAUGGAAUUAAAUAUAAGCAUUGCAAAUGUUUUCUGUGUAAAGGAAUAUAUUAAUUAGGUUGGUUUGAACACUUGUGAAAAAAACUGAAUGUAAAUGGAACUGUUUUUUGUUUUUACAAGAAAACACCACAGGGACCUUUAAGCCUUGUAUGCUUAUGGAUUGCAGGGGGCCAUUGCAUAUCUAGAAUAAUUAAGCUUUUGUAAAGGAAUAGUCUGAUGCUUCAUUCAUUUUCUGAUUAAACCAGCUGUUUACACUUUACAGGAACACAGUUAAAGUACAAACAGUUCUUUUUCACAUAUAAUUGUUUUCAGCCCAGACUUUACCAAGUCUGGUUUCAACCUGACGGAGAAACAUCAAACUAAAACCAAAACAUCAGCAUCAGAGUAAAACUGACAGUCCUGAAGUGUUCACACUUUCAGACUGAAUGGGAGGCUGUGGCUGAGGGAUUGAGUGGUCGUCACUGUAUGCAUCUAUGUGAAUGGGUAAAUGGCAAAAAUCUGUAAUGUAAAGCGCUUUGAGUGGUCAUCAACACUAGAAAAGCACUAUUUAAAUACAGACAGACCAUUCCCAGCAGGUCAAAAACUUCCAAGACUUCCAAAAUUUCCACAAGGAUCCUCAAAGGGACUCUUGUGAACUUUGAAAGUGAGCUUAGUGCACAUACUUUACCAAACAUCUAACCUUUUGUUUUCCAGUAUUGAUGUGUUAUUACAUAGUUUAGGUUUGAUAUUUUGAAUACUUACAGAAUAUGCACAUGCAAAGGGAAGGUUUUUUCAUGACAUUUUUAUCAACCACUAUUUAACUCUGCCAAUCACCAAACUUUUAAAAAACACUUGUGUGUGUUAGGAGGCAGAGGUCUUCAUGAAUAUAAUGUGGGUUUUUUUCUCUGAAAGUUGGGAAAGUAGCCCUUUUGCAUAGCUUUUAUUUUUGUUGAAAAUGCUCUAUUUCAAUGACUUUUUAUCUCUUUUUUUCUUCCCUGUCACUGUUGUUUUGGCUCAUUGCCUUUUGUGGUACAAAUUCAAUAAAUGUGGUUGAGACCAA